UCGAUCUAUAUUUUUGUUAUUUCCAAUCCAAUCCAACCCUAAACUCUGCACGAAACUCGCUGCUACCUAUUUUCUUUUUCUUUCUUAUUAUUAUUAUUCUUGCAUCAAAAGGAAGUAGUAGUAGUAGCAGCAGUAGUAGUAGUUUCCAUUUUUCACAGCCUACGCCACUGAGCAUCUAUCGCUGGAUAAUCGAAUUUCAAGAAUCAAAGGUUUUAGUCAAGUUGCGCUGCAAGAAGGAAGCGAAGAUCGAAGAGAUAUAUAUAGAGAAAAAAGCUGGCAAGUUUGAUAUAUAAGAAGAUCUUCUUAAUAGAGUGUAUAGAGUUAUAAUAAUGGAUCCAAUUACAGCACACGGCCAUUCACUUCCACCACCAUUCCACACAGCAAGAGAUCUGUUGCACCACCACCAGCAACAGCAGCAGCAGCAUGGAAAAGACGGAACACCUGGAGGAGGAGGAGGAGGAUCCGGUGAAACCGAAAUGACAAGAAGACCAAGAGGAAGACCAGCUGGAUCCAAGAACAAACCCAAGCCACCGAUCAUCAUCACCCGCGACAGUGCCAAUGCCCUAAAGACGCACGUCAUGGAGGUUGCAGACGGUUGCGACAUCGUUGAGAGCGUCUCAAACUUCGCAAGGAGGCGCCAAAGAGGGGUUUGCAUCAUGAGCGGCACCGGCACCGUCACCAACGUCACACUCCGCCAACCAGCUUCCUCUGGAGCCGUCGUCUCCCUCCAUGGAAGGUUCGAGAUCUUGUCCCUGGCGGGAUCCUUCCUCCCUCCUCCCGCUCCACCUGCGGCCUCCGGCUUGACCAUAUAUCUAGCCGGAGGGCAAGGGCAGGUGGUCGGAGGGAGUGUGGUGGGGACACUGAUUGCUUCCGGCCCGGUGGUCAUCAUGUCCGCUUCCUUCAGCAACGCUGCGUAUGAGAGACUUCCUUUGGAGGAAGAGGACCCUUCCAUGCCCUUGCAAGGGUCUGGCGGUGGCGGCGGCGGCUCAAUCGGGUCCCCCGGUGGUGGUCAGCAGCAUGCGCAGCAGCAGCAACAGCAGCAGAUGUUAGGAGACGCAACUGCUCCACUCUUCCAUGGUUUGAAUCCGAAUCUUCUGAAUUCAGUUCAGAUGCCAACGGAAGCUUUCUGGAAUACUCCUGGUCGCUCUCCUUAUUGAUCAUCACAAUCAUCAUCAUGAUAUGGAACAGUGUCUUUGUAAGUUCCAUUAUUAUUAUUAUUAUUACUACUACUCCACCGUGUUAGUUCCUUGUUUAAUUAUUUCUUCUUCCGUUAUCUUCCCUUUCUUAUCAUCAUCAGCUUCUUCUUCUUUGGGUGUUUAAUUACUUAGGAUCCGAACUCAAGCUAGUGGAAUUGAAUAGGAAUGUUGACUGAGGUUCUAUCUUCUUAUGCGCUUAAUUAUUAUUAUGUAGCAUUUGCGUGUGUUUUGAUAAGACUGCUGUAAUUAAAUUGAUGCAUCUUCUCUAUAAUAGUUUAGUUGGUGGGUUUGAUUUUGUGUUUAAUUAUGACAAGAAUAACGGCGGUAGGUGGUGAUGAAGUACAUUACAUCUUGCUUCUAUCCAAUCCAUUUAGCUUAAUUAGCUUGGAGAUGUACAAGUAGUUGAAGAAAUUAGUAGUACAGUUAAGUAGUUAUUAGUAGUAUUUAGUAGCAGUCGUAGCUAGGAAUAAUGGAAGCUAAUUCGGAAGGAAGCAAUUCUACUGAGCAAGUUUAAUUUUCCAGUUCUGGUGGCGGUGCUUACUGAUGGUUGCAGCUGACACGGGCUAGCUACUUCUCUAACUGUAUGUUAUGGACCACGGUGAAUUGAAUUAGAUGGUGAUGAUCAUGAUUGUUA